UAACGUCUCCUUGUUAUAUUUUUGACAGCCACCUCGUUGGACUGAAGCUCGAUCAAAUUCAACCCAACUCCUUUGAUGGGCUCGACUCCUUGACGAAACUAUCUACCGAUGAUUACCGUCUAUGCUGCCUGUUCAAGAACAUCACGUGUUCUGUAAUCAACCCAACGCCUCUGGAUUCCUGCUCCCGUUUGACAAACAACGAUGUCCUCAGAGUGGCAGUGUGGGUCAUCGGGUUUGGCGCCCUCAUCGGAAACUCCUUCGUCAUUUUCAUUCGCUUUAGAGAGGACCGAUACAGUGGUAAUAGCGUCCAAAGACUGUUUAUCACCAACUUGGCUUUCGCAGAUUUUCUCAUGGGGGUGUACAUGGUGACUAUCGCCUCGGCGGAUAUCUAUUACGGGGAGCAGUACUUUCUUUCAGCACCUAGGUGGAAAGAAUCUUCUCUCUGUCGAUGGGCUGGGUUUGUAGCACUUCUAUCAAGUGAGAGUACGGUCUUCCUACUCGCUCUCAUCACCCUCGAUCGAUUCAUCUGCAUCACCUUUCCCUUUGGGACAGUGCGAUUCCGUCCUAGAUCGGGACGGAUCUGUGUUGCUCUUGUAUGGACGCUGACCUUCUGUCUUAGUUUUCCAUCCAUCUUAACCGGAUUGACAGGUUUCGAGAUUUACGGCUUUUCCGAUGUUUGCAUUGGUCUCCCGUUCAACACCUACACUGAACGGAAAGGUUACAUCACGUAUGAUUUUGAAUCAAACGUGUAUCAGUUUGUCGUUGAUGAAGAAGCCGAACAACGGCCCUACUGGCUGUAUUCCAUCGCUCUCUUUCUUGGUGUCAAUUUCAUUCUUCUCAUCCUAAUCUUCUUCUGCUACUUAGUGAUCUUUGUCCAAGUCAGGAGAUCAGCAAAGGUUGCUGGGUCGGAACGAAUGAAGCAAGAGAUACGCAUGACCACCAAAAUGGCGCUGAUCGUCGGUACUGAUUUCUGUUGUUGGAUGCCUGUCAUUAUCAUGGGGAUCUUGUCGCAGACAGGAGUGGUGGAUCUACCAGUGUCCCUGUACGCCUGGGCUGUGGUGUUUAUCUUACCCAUCAACUCCACCUUGAACCCAUAUCUCUACUCGUUCGUGGCACUGUGCUCCAAGAAGAAGGACAAAUUUCCCCUCACUCGUUUCAGCGUGAAUGCACCACCCGAUAUUGACAUUUCUAAAAUGAAGAAACCUACUAUGGGUGAAUAAUCCUGAAUGACAAGCGUCCAUCGAGCUGCAGGAACAACCUCUUAUGUCGCUUGUGCAUAAAAGCAUGUAGCAAUUUAGAUUCCGUUGAGAG